UGACGUUUACAUCAUGGCGGCCUCCUACCGGCAUUCGAAUCACUCAGAAUCUAACAGCAAACGAUUUCACACAAAAUCUCGCUUUGCAAAGAAACAUGAGCAAAAGCAUGAAAAAGAAUCAGGACCUGGGCGAUUUGGAAUGCUAUCGCGCAAAAUAUUUAUUUUCUGCAUUGCUGUUGCUGUUUCAGUUCUACACAGAAAUCAUAUUGCUGGAAUGUUUGAAAAUGAUCGACACUUCUCUCACCUCUCAACACUUGAGAGAGAACUUGCCUUUCGCACUGAGAUGGGUCUCUACUACUCCUAUUUUAAAACAUUAGUUUCAGCAAGCACAGCUAUGGAGGGCCUCCAUGCCAUCAUGUAUGAUAACAUUACAGAAUUUCCUUCCACCAUCAACACUCUGAAGCGUUUUAAUUUAUAUCCUGAGGUCACUUUAGGGCUAGCUUAUAGAAUGUUUGACUGGCUAAGCAACACCUUAAAGUGGCAGACCAAAACUUGCUACACUGUUAAUCGUGGUGAGGGUUAUGAACCUGUCUUAAGCUGUGAAGGACUUGGAGAGCCAGCCUACUUCUAUGUAGAGAGUGUGUUUCUCCUGAAUGGAAUCCUGAUGGGAGUCUUCUUCCUGUUUGGAACCUAUCUUAGCAUGGAUCAUCAUGAUGAGAGCAGUGCCCAUUGUCAGCUGCUUGGGUGCCCAUUUGGUGGCGUUUUAACUGUAGCAUCCUUUUUCUUCAACCAUGGAGAGUGUACCCGUGUGCAGUGGACCCCACCUUUGCGUGAGAGCUUUGGGUACCCCUUUUUCGUCUUCCAGAUGUUUGUUGUAUCUCACAUGCUAAGGAGCAGCAAAGUGUCCUAUCUACACACCAUUGUUGUUGCUGCAUUGACCACCAUUUUCAUGGCCUGCUGGCAGUUCGCCCAAUUCGCACUUCUUACCCAGGCAUUUGCAGUUUUUGGAACUUACACUAUGCAGUAUAUCAACUCCAAGGCACUCAGGGCAGUUAUCCUCGGGCAGACUGUGGGUCUUGUUACAGGCUAUGUGUUGUUGUUUGGGAACGAAAUGCUUUUGACAUCCUAUUUUGCUUCCUGCCUGGUAACCAUCUGGGCCAUUAUUCUUCUGGAGCCAGUCAUUGACAAACUGCAAUAUCGUGUUGCCAGAUGGACUGUACAUGGUGCACUGUUGCUGGCUGGAACACUUGGCUGCAAGAUUCUUAUCAGCAGGAUACUGGGUGUAAAGGAUGAUGCUCACAUUGGCGAAAUUCUCCGCAGCAAGUUCACAAACUUUGAUAAUUUCCAUACUAUGUUGUACACAUGUGCUAAAGAGUUUGAUUUCAUAGAAUUUGAGACAUUUAUAUCACUUCUCAGAACUUUGUUGCUUCCCAGUGCAGCUCUGUCUGUCUGUCUUGUAGCAUUUCAUGUUAUUAAAUAUGAGUUUUCAGCUUCCAAAACCCAAGAAAAUGGCUCAUCUUUUCCUUCUAAAAGUUCAUCAUCCAAACCAAGUGCAGAGCUAGUGUACAAUGUUUUUCAACUGCUGGCUUUCACUGUACUAGCUGUCUUGAUUAUGAGGUUAAAGCUUUUUUGGACACCACACCUGUGCCUUAUGACCUCACUUCUAGCUGCACGCAAGCUGUUGGGAGGACUGCCCAAGUACAGUGAAGUGGCACACUCAGCCUUGCUUGUGGCCUUACUGGCUACAAUGGGAGUAGCAGGCUAUGCCAAUCUGAAGCACCAGUGGGGUAUUAUUGGAGAAUUUAGCAACUACCCUUUGGAAGAGAUGGUAGAAUGGAUUAAAUCAUCAACACCAAAAGAUGCUGUCUUUGCUGGUCCCAUGCCAACAAUGGCUACCAUCAAACUGUGUACACAGCGGCCAAUUGUCAAUCAUCCCCACUAUGAAGAUGCCAAUCUUAGAGAGCGGACUAAAAAGGUGUACACUAUGUAUAGCAGAAAGCCAGCAUCAGAAGUGAAAAGACUGCUCAAAGAGCUUGGAGUUCAGUAUGCAAUCUUGGAAAACUCAUGGUGUAUUCGAAAAACCAGACCAGGGUGUGCAAUGCCAGAAAUAUGGGACUUAGAAGAUGAAGAGAACCAAGGAAAGGAACCAUUGUGCACUCUGUUGAAACAAAACCCAGGCCUACAUUUCAAGCGUGUCUUUAGGAAUAGUGUUUAUGAUGUUCUCCAAGUAAACACAUCAUGAUUUUACCAUUUAUGGCACAUGGAAGGUCUAAACAGAAUCAAUCUUGUCACGUAACCCUUACCAUAUACUGGGUGUGUGAGUGUACAUGCACAUGCAUUCAUGCACAUUAGUGAGAGAGAAAGUGUAAAAAUUCAACAUGUGUUGCAUAUGUGAAAGCAUAUUUUUUAAAUUGCAUUUUUAUUUUUAAAUUAACUUUUGAAGCAGUGCAUGAUGGAUUUUUUGGUACUUUUUUUGACUUUGAUUGUUUUAUCAAAUCAAGACAGACAACAGUAAUCCUGUUCCCUUUAUUAAAUCUCUUGAUUCCUUGGUGUCACUUGACUAUGGAAUAUGUAAUAAAGAAACACACAAUUAAUGUUUUGCCACAUUUAAUUUGCAUUGCAAGUGUUGAGUUCUGGCGAGAUAGUUUUGCUCCAAGUUUAGGAUCUGCUUAUCACUUCAUAAGCAGAUUUUGUUUAAUCUAGCUUUGUCUUGAAGACCUGCUAGUGCUAUUUAGAAUUUUAUUUGCCCUAUUAAGAUUACAGUUUUCUUUGUAAAUGCAGGAUUAUUAUUAACACGGCUUGUGGUUUGUAAUAUUUGAUGUGAUGAAAAUGAUUACAAGUUUUACUUAUGGCAAAAUUUACAUGUAAAGCAUUUGAGAGAAGAAAGUGUUUUCUGUUAUUUUAUAGGACAUUUGGGUACAAAGAUAUUGUUUUGGACUUGCGUGUGUUCUUGCAUAUAAUGCAUGAGUGUAAAGACAUGACAAAUAUGCCAUUGUACUGGAUGUGCAGCUUCCUUCUUCAAAUCAAAUUGAAGUAGAAUGGAAGAACCAGUUGAGGUUUUUUCCCAAUCAGUUCUAGUUCACUGCUUGAAAAGUAUCUUAAAGCCAUAAUGAAAGAAUGUGAAUAGUUCUCACACAUAAUGAAAGCAAAGCCAUAAUAAAAUGAGUGAUUCUUUUCCAGCACCACCACUCAUAUUCAGGUGUAUCCAACUCAAAAAUAGAAAGGGAUUGCAAUUAAAUGCUAACAUUUAAAAACAUUCUUUGGACAACUGCCUUUUUGGUUUUUCUUCUAUGUAAUUUUAGUAAUAUUUACUACAUAAAUGUGUUCAUUCCAUUGUUACAUUUUGUUUUCGUUGUCUUGUCAUGCAUUAUUAUUCUACUUAUUUUAAUGACAUGGCACUCUGGUACUUUUAUAAUACUUAAUAAUGAGUUAUAUCUGUUUUUUAUUAUUUUAAGGAUUAAAUGUUCAUCUCAGAUUGAUGUUAUUAUUCAGAGUUGCUGGGCUUUGCUUGCUUUUAUUUGUAAUGUCAAUUAUACAAAGUCUGUAUUAUCCAAGCAUCUCGUUAUUUAGAACUAGUGCAAUAUAUAUUUUGUAUGAUUUCUGUUUGUUUAUUUUGUUUUUGGUCUUUAUGCACAUUUUGGUACAGAUCUGUUAUCUUAUUCUUCUGUUUUUGACACUUGAGGGCUUGUUUCUUUAUGCUUUCUGAGCACAUCUGUAAGUCCUUGAAGUGCUAAAACCUUGAGAUCUGAGCUCCACUCUGGUCUUUGCGCCUCACACUUGCCAUCUAACUUCAUAUCAUUCUAGCACACUGUUCCAUGUAUGGGUUUGUGCAUUGCUCAUGCAUGCAUUUGUAUGUCCAUAUGUGUGUGUGUGCAUUGCAUAAGGCAAAGUGAUGUGACAAACAGGGAGGGAAAGUGAGACCUCAGGAGUACAUGUAUGUAUGGCAGUGAGAGAAAGAAAACACAUCUCCCAAAAGCCUUUUCGAAUAAGGUGAAAAUUCGCAGUUUAUCAUGAUGUGUGUUUUAUUCAUUUUUUGCCAUUUCAGGAUGAUUAUGCACUAAAACGCUGGGCUGGCUAUUUCUGUUCUGAAUAAAAUGAACCUCUAAACAAAAGCUGAGUUGUUAUGUAUUG